CCAUAUUUUCUACUGUACAGUAUUAGUACUUUAGUUUCCUCCUCGUCCUCCAGUCCAGCAGGCGUCGCUGUUGGCUCUGAGCUCGGUGUCUCUGUUUUCCUGCCGCUGGCUCUCUUUGUCCGCUCCGGGACUCAAAGUGCGCAAAGACGAGGAACAUGUCCGCCGUGCAGCUGCUGCGGGUGUCGGUACGUGAGCGGAUCAGCGCUGCCGCGGAAGGCUUUCUGCUGCAGGUGGAGAAAGGAGGAGAAACGGCUCGAGUCCCGGCGCUGAGGGCGAUGCUCACCGAGCGGCUCGCGGCGGCGGCGGAGGAGAUCGUCGCGGUGAUUGAGGAAACCGUGGCGGAGUACGAACACAGAGUGGAGCGGUCCGAGCGGGAGGUCUGCCGCCAGAGGAGGCUGCUGGAUGCCGUGAUGAAGCCCGAACUCCGGCUGCACAGAGUCGUGUGUCCUGCAGACGUACAGCAGCUGAUGGUGAAUAAAGAAGAGGUUCCCCCUAAGCAGCAGCAGUUGAGCCCCAUUGUGGACCAGGAGGACCCAGAGCCCCCCCACAUUAAAGAGGAACAGGAGGAACCGUGGACCAAUCAGGAGGGAGAGCAGCUUCAACAACUUGAGCAGGCUGAUAUCAAGUUCACAUGGAUUGCUGUCACUGUGAAGAGUGAAGAAGAUGAAGAGAAACCUGAGUUGUCACAGCUUCAUCAGAGUCAGACUGAGGAGAACAGAGCGGACUGUGGAGAACAAGAACCAGCCAGGAACUCAGGUCCUGAUGGACAUUUACAACAAGGUACUGAGGACAAGACUGAAGGCAGUGAAGAUGAUUGGAUGCAGACCAGGGAACCUCAGUCUGGUUUAAAUACAACAAAUAACAAACAGCCUCUAAGUGAUAUGAAAUGUAAAACUGGUAAGAAAGCAUUUGGUUGUUCUGAGUGUGAUAAAACAUUUAAUCAAAAGUACAAUCUAACUAUACAUAUGAGGAAUCAUACAGGACAGAGACCGUUUAGUUGCUCCGAGUGUGGUAAAAGAUUUCUUCAAAAGUGCCAUCUAACUGCACAUAUGACGAUUCAUACAGGAGAGAAACCAUUUAGUUGCUCCGAGUGUGGUAAAAGAUUUAGCCGAAAUGGCCGCCUAACUGUACAUAUGAGGACUCAUACAGGAGAGAAACCGUUUAGUUGCUCCGAGUGUGGUAAAAGAUUUCUUCAAAAGGCCUAUCUAACUGCACAUAUGAGGAUUCAUGCAGGAGAGAAAAUAUUUAGUUGCUUUGAGUGUGGUAAAAGAUUUCUUCAAAAGGGCUAUCUAACUGCACAUAUGAGGAUUCAUACAGGAAAUAAAGCAUUUAGUUGCUCCGAGUGUGGUAAAAGAUUUCUUCUAAAGGGCAAUCUAACUGCACAUAGGAGGAUUCAUACAGGAGAGAGACCGGUUAGUUGCUCCGAGUGUGGUAAAAGAUUUUUUCAAAAGGGCGAUCUAACUGAACAUAUGAGGACUCAUAAAGGAGAGAAAAUAUUUGGUUGCUUUGAGUGUGGUAAAAGAUUUAACCAAAAGAGCAAUCUAACUGGACAUAUGAGGACUCAUAAAGGAGAGAAAGCAUUUAUUUGCUCUGAGUGUGGUAAAAGAUUUAGCCGAAAGAGCAAUCUAACUGUACAUAUGAGGACUCAUACAGGAGAGAAAGCAUUUAGUUGCUCCUAGUGUGGUAAAAGAUUUAGACUAAUGGAUGUUGGGACAUGGUUUUUGGGAGACCAAAGCUUUGCCUAUAUGUGCAGCCAAAAGCCUGAAGCCGCAUGUCCCUCCAGGACUCAGUCUCCCAGGGGCCAUCAACAUCACAGAGGUGUGAAAACCCCCCCAGGGACACAGGUUUCAACUCCCAUUGGUCACUCUGGACCCCAUGACCUGUGAGGUCACCGGGCCAAUAUAAGGCCUUUUCCCCCUAUUUUCGAUCUCUUCCUACAAUCCUUCCACGGAGAGAAGGCUGUGGAGCCUCUUCUCCAGCUCACAUCUUCUCUUCCCAUCCAACUCUUCGAGAGGAGCACAAAGGUGCAGCUUCCAGCUCAUCUCACCAAGUAA